GAGUAAACUGAAGGAGACAUUUUUCUCUGUCUGUUUGACUUUGUUAAAGUUUUAUCCAAAUGAAGAAAUAAUUUAGUUUCAGCAGCAGCCGCAAACGGAGUACGAUAAGUUUGCAAACUACUUAUAUUAAAACACCCCAACAGUGGAUUCAAUAAGGUUUCUCAGUUGUUCCUGAUUACACGUUGCACAGAAAAGUCGUGCACGUGCGCGUGUGCGUGCGUCAGCGUCGGAUAAGAGAGGUGAAGCAUCGCAGGAGGUGUCAGGCUCACCAUGCAGGGCUGCCAGCUGCUCCUCUGCGCCUCAGACCCGGAGAAGCUCCGCCGCUCAUGUGUCUGCUCAGAGUCACAGUAAGCGGACCAUGCGGCUGUUCAGCGUCUCCACUCUGCUGCUCUUCUUCUCCAGCUCAGGGCUGGCUCUGCAGAUUCAGUGUUACCAGUGUGAGGAGAUGACACACGACUGCUCCACGCCAGAGUUCAUCGUCAACUGCACCGUGAACGUGCAGGACAUGUGCCAGAAGGAGGUUCUGGUGAAAGAUGAUGGUAUACACUACCGUAAAUCCUGCGCCUCUUCAGGAGCCUGUCUCAUCGCCUCCUCUGGGUACCAGCAGUUCUGCACCGGCAAACUCAACUCAGUGUGCAUCACCUGCUGCAACACGCCGCUGUGCAACGGACCACGCCAGAAGAAACGACCACAACCGUCUGCAGCCAUGACCCUGAGCACAUCGCGGCUGCACGUGCUUCUCCUCCUCCUGUUGUCCGUCCUGUGCUGACAGGCCUUCAUGUACUGACAUAAAAUGUGAAUAACGACAUGGAACUUUAUCAGCUAGGACAAUGAAGACUUUGACAUGCAUACUCUUCAAGGCGUGUGGAAACUCUGUACAGUAUUUGUUCGUUUCACUCCCUGGAUUUAUGUCACAGCUCACUUCUAAAGCUCAUGAGGUAAAAAUAAAUAUUGUCGGCACAUACCUGGAAACUCUUAUCAGCAUGUCUCCUUCACAAAUAUGAUCUUCUCAGAGCUACAAAGGUGGCUGAGUAAGGUGAUGUGGAGGACAGUGCGAUGGAUGAAACAGCUUCUGGCUGUUUUGCUGGGCGGCAGGUGGCUCGGUCUCAUGUGUUUUGUUUACUCACACUACAAGAACAAAACAAAUUGUUCUUCAAAAUAAAUGGCUCUAAACUGGAACCGUCAUCACAUUUGCUGUAAUUAUUACGUAAAAAGAGAAUGUGUGAUGUGUUUGAUAAUGAUGCUGUUUAAUGAUUGUGGAGGGUAUUGUGCCGUAGGGGGGACGAAAAGGUAUCUGAAGAAGAAUUCAAGCCUGUUUUCACUCCCAGCUUGUCAAAAAACAGCAGCUCCUUGUGCUUCAAAAUUUGACGUUGAAGGUUCCCAUGCAGCCUCUCUCUCUGGACCCUCUCGUAGUCUUUUAUCUGUUUGAUGCUCUUAAAGUCGGGUAAUGUAAUAUGUAGAGGAAGUCUGCUUUCUGUGGCAGGAAGACAAACAGAGGUUGAAGAACAGGGGUACCACUGGAAAGGAAAAACUUCCUUUUAGGCCUUUAGUGUCCGCUAACGCCUUUUUCUUUUUCUCGCUGGUAGCACUCAUGAUCUCUGUUUCAGAGCGCUUCUCACCACCGUUUAUGGUUACGAAAGUUGACCCACACUUCCCUCUGUAUUUAGCGUUAGGUCGGUUUUAGAAAGCUCUGUGUGCUUAUUUUUUUACUUUUAUUCAAGGACCAAGAAGAAAACAUGACAACAAUGUUAACGUAUCGUAUCCUGGCAUGAACAGGAGCUCUUUACCAUGAAACUGUACCCUCAAACAGACGAGUCAGAUUAGUGUCUCCUACACCAUUGUUUUUGACGAAGCUGAUCUAUCUUCUUGAUUUUUAUUGGGCCACACACUGGAAGCUUCUGGAAAGUCGUAAAGUUCUGUUUUUCAUUUGCCUACAAAUAUUGUACAUAAAGCUGUGAGCAUGCAGAUUUCUACAAACAUGAUACAAACUUUGGACCACAUGCUACUGCAUCAAAAAUGACUGAAGGUGGAUCAGUAUAAAGCAUCACAUAUGAACAGGAAGUAUCUGCAGCACCUACAUGUCGCUGUGUUGUUGUAUGUGCAUCUUUUGGUUGUUCCACCCAAAGGUCAGUUUGGGAAGAGAAGGAAGUUUCUGAGGUAAUCCUUUAAAGGUUUACUAUACGACACUCAGAGCAAAUUUUCAGACCAAAACAAAUGCCCCCCACCCCACCUCCUGUCUCCACACUCUCCUCACCCGUCUGUCAGGUGUCAUUAUUUCUGUAAGGCAGAGAGAGCAGCAGACAAGAGCUAAUAAACAUAUGAACACAGA